CUAAUUGUUCUUGCCUGAAUUCUAUACGUUUAUUGUCUCCUAGCGCUUCCAGGCCCCACGCUUAGGUCCAUUUAAAGUCGAAACAGAGUAUUGGCAGACCUGGCGUUCCUUCCUUGCUCUGCUCUCCCAACCUCGACAUCAUCGGCAGGGAUGUCCAACUGUCCCUACCGAAGUCCUUGUCAUCGUGAUCAGCACCAUGCUCGACAGGAUGCGUGGCAGCAGUCCGCUAUUGCUCAUGUUGAGCAAGAGUACACAGAACACGAUGUACGGGACGUGCCCGAAGAUAGUCUCUUGCUGAACCCAGAUAUCGACUCUCCUACCACCACCACCAGCGGCGACUAUGUAUCAUCUGGUACAUCUAAAUUUGAUCAAGGUCACGGAUACGCCCCUCGUGAACGUGCCUCUCCAACAAGCAAUUCUUCUACUUCUACCAUUCCUUCACCCUCUCCUCUACCUCCUCGUCCUCCCUCCAUUCCUUCUCCAAAUCCUAUCCAUCCUCCUCCGCCGCCGCCUCAGCAUCAAGCGAGGAAUGGCUUCGAACUACAUGUACCGAUGCACCGAUCACAGCCGCAUCGUUUGCGCAGUAUACUAGUCAAGAAUGUGCGCGGGCCCACAAACUACCCGCAGUCGAGGGACCCUCUGCCCGACCCACAAACGGCUGGAGAUAUACCAACGGGGAAACUGGCACAUCUCCGUCUCUAUUCUCCACAGCUGAAUCGUCAUGGACGACGCGCUCUCUCUUUUAUAGAACCACGGGACUUAUUUGGUACGCGCGUUCAUCCGAUCCGUCGUCUCGAAGGGGAUCUCCUGGGGUACAUCUUCUGCUGCUGCAUGGACUAUGAGGCGAAUGACCUCUCUCGUGCACUCCUCACGAGCAACGCUACGCCGCUAGUCAUAACGCGCGUCUGCAUGCUCUGGCAACAAAUUGCGCUGCGCACGCCUUUCUUAUGGGCCCAUCUUUCUAUGGGGCCAUGUCGCGGACGCACUCACUAUCGUCUGGCUCACUUGUUCAUCGAGCGGGCCAUGGGGCAUGACCUCUACGUGCACUACGACGAGGACGUGCAGAGGGGCAGUCUCUCGUCCGAGCAUUGCCCUUGCGCGCUCGACAUCAUCUCGCAGAACAUCGAGCAGAUCAAGACGCUGGAAUUGGUCAUGAUCAGCGAAGAGAGUCUGGCUCGUUUUGUGACCAGCGUUUCUCGCGCCGCUGCCUCGCGGUCCCCUUUGACACGCUUCGAAGUGUCGACGCAAUUUGACUAUCCUGCGUCCACGACGAUCCUUCGGGCUCUUCCCAACAUCUGCAACGCGCCCAACGUACGCGACAUUCGAUGGUCCGGAGCUGUAUUCCCCGAAGACGUGUUCCCGUGGCAGCAGAUAGUCUGUCUUCGCCUUUCCGAAUGUCUUCUGUCUCCUCGGCAGGUGCUCCGUUCCAUCGUGAAUGCGCCUGCCCUACGCGAUUUCAGUGCUUGCGUUACGGAGGCCGAGGUUCGCAAUGACCGCCUCGUUCGAUAUGCGGCCGUGCACACCGAGACACUAAAAAGUCUAGCUCUCGACUGCGACGGAGCCCUGGACGUGCUGUUCCAUUCCCUGCAUGUUCCUCGCCUCCGAUCUCUGCAGCUGCGCCCUCUUCCUUAUCUUUCAACAUGGGCACCACACAAGGCGGCUGACUGGCCUUUCCGCGACAUCAACGUACUUCACAUCUUCCUCAGCCGAUUGCAGGACGGACUGGAGCAUUUCCUCCUGUUCGAUGGCGGGAGCACCUUCGACGAGCGCGCACUUCUACGCAUCAUAGAGAUGCCGCAGGCGUCAACGCUGAUAGACCUGCAUGUCUCACAAGUCAGCGGAGGCGUUGGCGACGCCGUCUUUGUGAAGCUGACGCCGAGGCGUGGGGCUGUUCCUCUGCUACCACACCUCGAGAGGCUUAGCAUGUGCGCCUGCGCGACGUCGCUGAAUACUAUCUCUCGCAUGUUGAACGCCCGACGGCUUCUUGAUUAUCCUUUGAGCGAGAUCGCAUUGGGUCAUGCUCUUGGUAACCUCUCGCCCUUAGACUACAGAUCUUAAAGCAAUCGAGGAG